UUUCGGACAGCGCAAAGAAAGGGAGAGAGAGACAGAGGAAGUCCGCCGUAGCGCACACAGCCCGUCCUCCUCCUCCUCCUCUUCCCCCCAUCCCCAUCCUCUCUUCCCCUCUUUGGCGUUGCUCCGACAAUCCGAUCUUUCCUCCCCCUUCCCGAUUCCCGAGGAAACCCUAACCGCUUAUCAACCGCCGCCACCGCCACCGCCACCGCGCCGUCGCCGUCGUUGGAGAUCCCAGCUCGAUCGGGCACGAGGGACUAGGGUUCGAUCACCGAAGAGGAAUUCCUGGAACUUAAUGUGGGCGUGACGUGCAUGGGGAGAGGAUGCCAGAGUUGCGCAGUGGAGCACGGCAAGGUCGUCUGAGAUCAAAGAAACUCGAAGAUAUUCCAGUGCCACCUCAACCCUUUGGUCAAGCAGAAAAUCCCAUAUUGCCUGCACCAAACAGAAGGCGUGGUGGUGCAGGGAGAGGGAGAGGCUCAAAGGCCGCAGCAGUAGCUAAAGGUCCUUCAGUAGCACCAGCUAGGCCGACAUUUGGUGGUAGAGGAAGAGGCAUUGCUCUGAUUGACUUGGACCCCGAUCAACCUUGCGAGAUACUUCCCAGAGCUGCUGCAGGUGGAGCUGUUGCUGGUGGUGCCCAAGACUUCAUUCUGAACCAAGCAGCUGAGGGAGUUGCUGUCAAGGCAAUGGAUGGUGCAAGUGCUGAAAAGGUUUUGGGAGCUGAGGAUGAAUCUACUACAGCUCCUGUCCCUGAGCGGGUUCAAGUAGGUAACUCGCCUGUAUAUAAGAUAGAGAGGAAAUUGGGAAAAGGUGGUUUUGGUCAGGUCUAUGUUGGCCGAAGACUAUCGGGUGGAAGCGAGCGAACAGGUCCAGAUGCUUUUGAGGUGGCUCUUAAAUUUGAACAUCGAAAUAGCAAGGGUUGCAACUAUGGCCCACCAUAUGAGUGGCAAGUUUACAACACUCUUAAUGGAUGUUAUGGAAUUCCAUGGGUUCACUACAAGGGCCGUCAGGGAGAUUACUACAUUCUGGUUAUGGAUAUGCUUGGUCCUAGUCUUUGGGAUGUGUGGAAUUCUGUUGGCCAAACGAUGCCUCCAAAUAUGGCUGCAUGUAUUGCUGUAGAGGCUGUAUCGAUUCUCGAGAAGCUUCAUGCGAAAGGGUUUGUGCAUGGUGAUGUUAAGCCAGAAAACUUUUUACUGGGACAGCCUGGAACUGCUGAUGAGAAGAAACUUUUCCUUAUUGAUCUUGGUUUGGCCUCUAAAUGGAAAGAAGCGUCAUCUGGCCAACAUGUUGAAUAUGAUCAAAGACCAGAUAUAUUUAGGGGAACAAUUAGAUAUGCAAGUGUACAUGCUCAUCUAGGUCGCACUGGUAGUCGGAGGGAUGAUCUGGAAUCAUUAGCCUACACUUUGAUAUUCCUCAUUAGAGGAAGGUUACCCUGGCAAGGUUAUCAGGGAGAUAACAAGAGUUUUCUUGUUUGUAAGAAGAAAAUGGCUACUUCCCCUGAUAUAUUAUGCUGUUACUGUCCUCCUCCAUUCAAACAAUUUCUCGAGAUUGUGACAAAUAUGAAAUUUGAUGAAGAACCAAAUUAUUCCAAGCUUAUUUCUCUUUUUGACAGUUUGAUUGAACCAUGCACUUCUCUGAGACCUAUCAGGAUUGAUGGGGCUCUAAAGGUGGGGCAGAAACGUGGUAGAUUGCUUGUAAACCUUGAAGAGGACGAGCAGCCCAAGAAGAAAGUUCGAUUGGGAAGCCCAGCAACUCAGUGGAUUUCAGUUUAUAAUGCUAGGAGACCCAUGAAACAGAGAUAUCACUACAAUGUAGCGGAUAUAAGACUUCAACAACAUAUAGAAAAGGGAAUGGAAGAUGGUUUAUAUAUCAGUUGUGUGGCAUCUUCAGCAAAUCUCUGGGCCCUGAUUAUGGAUGCAGGAACAGGAUUCUGUUCCCAGGUUUAUGAAUUAUCACCAAUCUUCUUGCAUAAGGAUUGGAUUAUGGAGCAGUGGGAGAAAAAUUACUACAUUAGCGCAAUAGCUGGUACAACAAAUGGGAGUUCAUUAGUUGUAAUGUCUAAAGGAACUCCUUAUACGCAACAAUCCUAUAAAGUUAGCGAAUCAUUUCCUUUUAAGUGGAUCAAUAAAAAGUGGAAAGAAGGGUUUCAUGUUACAUCCAUGACCACUGCUGGCGGCCGCUGGGGGGUAGUCAUGUCAAGGAACUCUGGCUAUUCUGAUCAGGUUGUAGAGUUAGAUUUUCUUUAUCCAAGUGAAGGGAUCCACCGAAGAUGGGAGAGUGGUUACAGAAUAACUUCGACUGCAGCUACUCCUGAUCAAGCUGCUUUUAUUUUGAGCAUACCAAAAAGAAAAUUGAUGGAUGAGACACAGGAAACUCUUCGAACUUCUGCAUUCCCUAGCAACCAUGUAAAGGAAAAAUGGGCGAAGAAUCUUUACAUCGCCUCGAUCUGCUAUGGUCGGACAGUGUGCUGAUACUUGCACUGACUACAUAUCUGGGAGGGAGCCAAAUCGUCCAAGACAUUCAAAUCGUGGAUAUGCAUCAUAUAAUGAAGUCUGGUUGCAGUUUUCCUUCCCAUGAGUUGUACGCCCGAUGAAACAGGGCCUUAUCUGGGUAAAUCCAGACCCUGUAAGAUAUUGUGUACUGAUCACAAGAUCCAUAUACCCUACACGUUUUGCUGCACUAUCUUUUUUUGGCAAUUCAUAGCAAAGAUCUGGCUCAGUGUUUGUACUUCUUUUUCUCAUGCA